ACUAAUUUCCUAAAAACAGAAAUGUCCGCUGUCUAUCAAGAGAUAAAACGUCUCACUCAAGAGCUACCUAAAGAGAAUUUUACUAAAAUAAUUGCUCACAUUAGUAAGGAUGUUGACCUAACAAAUCAAAUGAAAGAUGCCCUGGAUCUCUUUGAUGCGGAUAAAGAGAAACGUAAUUAUCUGAUAACUUUUUUGAACUCUAUUGGAGCUGAGCAACCUGUUGCUGCUGGCACAAGAUCCUUAGACCAAGUUUAUUUUUUCAUAGACAAUUCUAAUGUUACGAUGGAAGGCGGGUACUUCAUACGCAGUCAAAAACCAGGUUGCUUUUUGAGUAGUAAUAAUAAAAUAAUCUUCGAUUAUGGACUAUUGUUUAAGAAAAUUAGGGGUAACCGUGAAUUAGGUGGUAACCCAAUUAUUGUUGGCUCUGAGAUUUCGCCUAAUGAUUCAAUCUAUAAUCAAGGCUACGAUGUUAAAGUCUUUAAACGCAAUUGCAAGGGAAAAGAAGAGGGGGUAGAUAAUUUCAUCACGCUUAAAAUGACAACAACGUUUUGUGACGAAAAAAGGCCCAGCACGUUAAUUUUGAUUGCUGGAGACGGUGAUUACUUUGAAACAUUGUUAGAAGCUAUAAAGCGCAAAUGGAAGGUCGAAGUAUGGUUCUGGAGUGGUAUUUUGAAUUGUUUUAAUAAUCAUGAACCAACUAAGCUUUGCAAAAAGCAUUUGUUUCCGAUAAUUGUAUCUGAUGAUUUAAAGCUUUCUUUCCCCACCACAGGGACAUCAGAUAAAAUCAAGUACGAAGCUAAAAUUCAUUACACUCAACUCGAAACAUGUUAUAAAUUUUUUAUCUAUAUCAAUGGAAAUCCAUAUAAUGGAAUGGAAAGUCUUGAGAUUACAAGUUGCACUAUGAUCGAAAAUAGAGAAAUUAUGGAAUGGCUCGCAAAGCUAAAUUUAUUUAGCUGGAUUAACCGGGAAAAUGAUUCAAUAUUUUUAUAUUUUAACAAUAAAGCAGAAUUGAAAACCGCAAAGGAGUGGAUCAUGAAAGAACACAAGGAAAUAGUCAUUUGGGAAAAGACGGUACAGAGAAGAAAGCCAAGUCGAUUUUACAAACGUAAUUAGGAGUUGGCCACUGUAACAAAUCUUUGCCUUAUUCUGAUGUCUGCGCAAAACGUAGAUAAAAUUCGUGACAGUGAAGAAUAAUGUCUCAAAGGAGGCAAUAUUACUUUGCACAUCUUGGGCAUUAUAUUUACUACUUGCAGUAAUUACAUAAUAAACUACAUUUAAAGAAUAAUUGCUAUUUCAAUAGUGUAGGAAUCACUUAUAACAUGUAUGAUAGUUGAUCUUGUCGUAAAAAUAAUAAAAAUCAAGUUUGCUUAUAUUUUGUGAUUAAUCUUUUUUAA